UAUUAAAGUAAAUUAAAAAUAAACAUUUUAAAAUGACGUAGGCAAAAGAAUUACAAAAUGCCAAUCUUACAGUUUCUAACAAAGAUUUGGCUAUGCCGUGCAUUGUUAAAAUACAACUUUACAAUAUGUUGCAUCUUAUAUUUUAGCAGAAAUAUUCGACUGGAGCCCCCAUUACAUGCGAAAAGCAGCAGACAGCGAAUAAAAGCAUACUGGAACAUUCCAACCUUCCAAUGUGAUACUUAUAAGUUGAAUUUUACUUCACUAGCCCAGAAAUAUGGAAUAAUUCAAAAUGAAGAUGACAGGUUUAGGGGAAAAUUUAUUAACAUUUUGUAUGAUCCUGGUAGUUUUCCCGCAAUUUUAAAGAACGCCAAUACGACUGUGUUGAGAAAUGGUGGAGUGCCUCAACAGGGAAAUUUGACGUUGCAUUUAAACAUUUUUGAGAAUAUUCUGAAUCAGCUAAUCCCGAACAAAGGAUUCUCAGGUAUAGGUAUAAUAGACUUCGAAAGUUGGAGACCUAUUUUCAGACAGAACUUUGGAACUCUGCUAGAAUACAAAACUCUCUCAAUUUCCAUAGAAAAAUCGAAACAUCCGUUAUGGAAUCAAAGCCAAUUAACUACAGAAGCUACCAGGAGAUUUGAGAAGGCGGCAAAAAUCUUUAUGGCUAGGACGUUAAUACUAGCCCAAAAAGUGAGACCUAAAGCUACUUGGGGCUAUUAUGCGUACCCUUAUUGUUUCAAUAUGUCUCCAAAUAACAUGAAGAGUCUUUGUCCUUCAGAAGUAAGGGUAGAAAACGAUAGACUUAAAUGGCUGUUUCAACUGUCAGAUAAUUAUUAUCCAUCAAUUUAUAUAGGAAAUUCAUCACUUAGUGCACCUCAAAAAGUACAAAUGAUCGAGGGAAGAAUAGAGGAGUCUCAUAGAAUAAUGAAAAGCCUAAAUAUUAGGAAAAAUAUAAUCAUCUACUUUUGGUAUAAAUAUCAAGAUACAAAUAAAUUUCUAAACAAGUCAGAUGUGUUCAACAUAUUUACUGUCCUAGCUAGCGCUAAUAUUGACGGAGUAAUACUAUGGGGAAGCAGCAAUGAUGUAAAUACUCGAAGCAAGUGUGUAGAAUUAUAUAAUUAUAUCGAUGAUAUACUAGGUCCAGCUUUAGUUUAUAAUUUUUCUUAAUAUUCUUAAUGUUAGGUACUACUUCAAAAAGCUACAUUACGAUGAUUU